UGGCCGUUGUACCGGUAGAGAUAAGGGCUGACCAGUUGAUAGGCGCGGGCGCAGGUUUGCGCGAAAGCGUUGAGGUCGGCGACGGAAUCGAGCGUCGCUGCGAUGUGUUGCAGGAUCUCGCUUGAAACUAGCCAAACUAGGUCAGGUGAGUUGCUGUACCUCGGCUUGAUAGUAUGUACAGUAAGUUGUACAUAUUACCUUACUAUUGGAGCGCCACGGAAAGCAAGCCAGCUUCGAUUAUGGCAGUUCUGCACACCGAAAUCUUCUAGGCACCAGCAUUGUAGUGGGAUUAUGCUUGGCUGUCUCGCGAAGUGGUCUACGACCCGCUGAGCAUCCAUCAUGAGAGUCGUGUCCGAGUCCGAUAAGAAGGAGGACCAAUAAAUCCUUUCAACCGGGCUGUGGAGAAUCAUUGUUCAGACUCUCGUUCAGGUGAGGUAUACAAGCAUUAUGGAU